AUGACCUGCCACCCAAUCACUCUCGCCGUGAUUUUUAUAUUGCUGCCUUUCGUGCCGAUCACUGGAGUACUGCAGGACGUUGAGUCCGAGCUGCAACUGCUGGACAAGAAUUUACUUGAUGGCUGUCCGUUCAUUCCUCACGCUGUCUACGACAAAUGGCCGCACGGAGACGAAUGCACGGCCUCUGGCAAAAACAUGGAGUGCGGUGCCAAUAAAACCUGCUGCGAGACUCCGGUCGGGUACAAGUGCAUGUACAGGGAAGGAGUCAGAAAGCCAUACUGUCCACUGACCGUUCUAUUCAAGUCCGUUUCCAACGAAACCAUAGCGCUGGACGAGUGCAUUGUAGACUACGAAUGCAGCAAGUUUCAAAUAUGCUGCCACUACCGCGUCGUCAGCAUCUGUGUAUCGAAUUACGCCACUUCUGCUGAUGUCUGCCCGAGAGGCUUCAACUGGACCGGACUUUGCCAGCACACGAAUGAAUGCGACAGCGGAAGCAUCGAGACGCACUGCCUCAACGGCCACUGUUGCACGAAGUAG